UGAGGGUGAGAAGGGUUUGUGUGUCUGUGUCUGUGAGUGUGUGUGUGAGAGGGAGGAAAGAAAGAAAAGGGGGGGGCAGACAGUAAAGAAACAAACAAGUAACAAUGUAACUCACAUGCACUCGCCCCCCCCCCCCCUUUUUUUCUCUCUCUCUCCCCUCGCAACAAUGUGUACGUUUUCGCGGAGGGAGGGGGCGCGCACGGGAGACAGCCGCGCACAGAGGGAGGGAGGGGGGCGCGUUCUGAAAUAAUAUAGUCAGCCAUUUUUUAUGUAAGGGGAUUUUUUCUUAUUGGGGGGGUUGUUAAAAAAUAAAUAUAAGAGGGCGGCCAUCUUUGUUGCUCUGCCUAGUGUAAAAUAUUCCAAAACGCCCCCCACUCUCUCCCGUGCCGAUUUGAAUAUUAAAUAAAUAUCAAACAUCGGCGCGAGAAAAUCUCUUGUAUAUUUUUUUUUUGUAUAACCCCACGCCGCUUUCCGAGGAACACGAGGACGGAUCCCGAUGACAGGAGGAUAAUGUCCUCUCCGCUGCGCUCCUGCGAAGAAGACGAGGAGGGCAUGGUGGUUAAUUCCGAGGGAGGAGAUUUCGAUGAAGAAGACGACGACGGGGACCGAGACGAGGACGCAAGCGACAUAAACUCUCCGGCGGCGCCUCGGGAAACUGCAACAGCCGCCGCCGCCGCCGCGCCAGAAGAAGAGGCAGAGGCAUCAGACAGAGAGGUCCCGUGCAGGAAGAAAGGACGGCCGAAGAAAAAGAAGGACACAAAGAAGAAGGACAAAGAGGGGAAACCCGCCAAAGCAAAGAAACGCAAGAAGAUUGAAAGCAAUGUAGAGAGAGACUCGGACAGAGAGAGAGACUUCGCCGAGAACUCCGACAGUGUCGCCAGCGACUAUGGAUCUGGGGAGAAAAAGAAAAAGAGGAAACAUAAAGAAAGGAAGGAGAAGAAAACCAAGAAGAAGAAAAAAGAUGACGGGGAGCGGGACAGCAGUCAGGAGGAAUCAACCAAGCCAAUGGAGCAGAAGACCUCGGCCCAGCUGGCAAAGGAGUGGGGUCUGGAGGAUGUUGAUCAUACCUUCACAGAGGAAGACUACAGGGAACUCACCAACUACAAAGCCUUCAGCCAGUUCAUGAGGCCAAUGAUCGCCAAGAAGAACCCUAAGAUCCCCAUGUCGAAGAUGAUGACCAUCCUGGGGGCCAAAUGGAGGGAAUUCAGCUCUAACAACCCCUUUAAGGGCAACGCCGCCGCCGUCGCUGCGGCUGCUGCAGCUGCUGCCAUAGCCGUCGCCGAGCAGGUCUCUGCAGCUACCGCCUCGCCUGAGCUGCCGCCACAGCCACCGCCAAUCAGGAAAGCCAAGACGAAAGAGGGCAAAGGCCCUGGCUACAAAAAGCGCAGUAAAAGCCCUCGAGUCUCAGACAAGAAAAAGGCUCAAGCUAAGGCUAAAAAGAUGGCACCCAUCCGUAUCAAACUGUCGCCCAUAGGUGCCAAGAGGAAGAAGAGCUGCUCCGUGAUCCUCGACUCUUUUCUUGUUCUCCGUCAGAGCGAUGAUAUAGAGGAGGACGAGUCCGAGCAGGAGGACUCCAGCGUCCACAGCUCCUCUGUUCGCUCGGACAGCUCGGGCCGUGUCAAGAAGAACAAGCGGGGACGUCCUGCCAAGAAGAAGAAGAAAGCCAUUUCAUGCCCAGCUCAAGUCCCUGGGGAGGAGGAGGGGGAGGGCUACGAGACGGACCAUCAGGACUACUGCGAGGUUUGUCAGCAGGGCGGGGAAAUCAUCCUGUGUGACACUUGUCCCAGAGCUCAUCACCUCGUCUGCCUGGAGCCUGAGCUGGACAAGGCUCCCGAGGGCAAGUGGAGCUGCCCGCACUGCGAAAAAGAAGGAAUCCAGUGGGAAGCGAAGGACGAGGACUUUGAGGACUUUGAGGAGGACAGCGAGGACAGGGUGAUAUCAGACGUCGGGGCCGGGAUUAUGAUCCCCGUCGGGGCGGAGGAGGAGGAUGACGACCACAUGGAGUUCUGUCGGGUGUGCAAAGACGGAGGUGAACUGUUGUGUUGUGACACCUGCACCUCCUCGUACCACAUCCACUGUCUCAACCCUCCGCUGCCAGAGAUCCCCAACGGAGAGUGGCUGUGUCCACGAUGCACGUGUCCGCAAAUCAAAGGUCGCGUCCAGAAAAUCCUCCACUGGCGGUGGGGAGAGCCUCCAUCGCCGAUUCCUGUUCCCCCGGCUCCUGACGCCCCACCGGACGCCCCGCCGCCGCCACCCAUGAAGGGCAGAGCCGAGAGGGAGUUCUUUGUCAAGUUCGUCGGGCAAUCCUACUGGCACUGCACGUGGAUCACCGAGCUCCAGCUGGAGAUCUUCCACUCUGUGAUGUACAGAAACUACCAGAGGAAAACGGACAUGGACGAGCCACCCAGUCUGGAUUAUGGUUCUGGAGGAGAAGACGAGAACGGAGUGGGAAAGAGCGAAAAGAGGAGGGCUAAGGAUCCUGAGUACGCCCUCAUGGAUGACAAAUACUACAAGUAUGGCAUCAAGCCUGAAUGGAUGAUGAUCCACCGCAUCAUCAAUCACAGUGUGGACAAGAAGGUGUCGUACCAUUACCUGGUGAAGUGGAGAGACCUGACCUACGACCAGUGCACCUGGGAGAGAGACGACCUGGAUAUCCCUGAUUUUGCUAUUUACAAGGCCAACUACUGGAGGCACAGAGAUUUAAUAAUGAAGGAGGAUCCAGACAAACCCAGGAAGAUGAGGAGCAGGAACCCAGAGGGUGAAGAGGAGUCUCCUGCUUCCCCAGUCACUGACCCUACGAUAAAGUACGAAGAGCAGCCAGACUUUGUCACAUCGACCGGCGGGACGCUGCAUCUGUACCAGCUCGAGGGUCUGAACUGGCUUCGGUUUUCUUGGUCCCAGGGCACCGACACCAUCCUCGCAGAUGAGAUGGGCCUUGGCAAAACCAUCCAGACCAUUGUCUUCCUCUACUCACUUUUCAAAGAGGGUCACACCAAGGGCCCGUUCCUGGUCAGCGCUCCGCUCUCCACCAUCAUCAACUGGGAGAGGGAGUUCGAGAUGUGGGCACCCGACUUCUACGUGUUGACGUACACGGGAGACAAGGACAGUCGAGCCAUCAUCAGAGAGAACGAGUUCUCCUUCGACGACACGGCUGUCAAAGGAGGAAAGAAGACCUUUAAACUGAGGAGGGAUGCUACUAUUAAAUUCCAUGUGCUGCUGACGUCCUAUGAGUUGGUGACCAUCGACCAGACGGCGCUCAAGUCCAUCGACUGGGCCUGUCUGGUGGUGGACGAGGCUCACCGCCUCAAGAACAACCAGUCCAAGUUUUUCCGGCGUCUGAACGAUUAUAAGAUCGACCACAAGCUGCUGCUGACGGGAACUCCUCUGCAGAACAACCUGGAGGAGCUGUUCCACCUGCUCAACUUCCUCACGCCCAACCGCUUCAAUAACCUUGAGGGCUUCCUGGAAGAGUUUGCCGACAUUUCCAAGGAGGACCAGAUCAAGAAGCUCCAUGACCUCCUGGGGCCUCACAUGCUGCGGAGGCUGAAGGCCGACGUCUUCAAGAACAUGCCCGCCAAGACCGAGCUGAUUGUCAGAGUGGAGCUGAGCCCUAUGCAGAAGAAAUACUACAAGUUAAUUCUGACCAAGAAUUUCGAGGCUCUGAACACGAAGGGAGGAAACCAGGUGUCACUGCUCAACAUCAUGAUGGACCUCAAGAAGUGCUGCAACCACCCCUACCUCUUCCCUGUGGCCUCCAUGGAAGCUCAGAAAACGCCCAGCGGUGCUUACGAGGGGUCGGCUCUCACCAAGGCUUCCGGGAAACUGACGCUGAUGCAGAAAAUGCUGAGGAAUCUGAAAGAGCAGGGGCACCGAGUGCUUGUGUUCUCACAGAUGACUAAAAUGCUGGACUUGUUGGAAGACUUCCUGGACUAUGAGGGUUAUAAGUACGAGAGGAUUGACGGAAGCGUCACGGGAGCGUUGAGACAAGAGGCCAUCGACCGCUUCAACGCUCCUGGUGCUUGUCAGUUUUGUUUCCUGCUCUCCACCAGAGCCGGAGGUUUGGGGAUCAACUUGGCCACAGCUGACACCGUCGUCAUCUUCGACUCGGACUGGAAUCCUCACAACGACAUACAGGCGUUCAGCCGAGCCCACCGAAUCGGGCAGGCCAACAAGGUCAUGAUCUACCGCUUUGUGACCCGAGCCAGCGUGGAGGAGCGGAUCACCCAGGUGGCCAAGAGGAAAAUGAUGCUGACCCACCUGGUGGUCCGGCCGGGCCUCGGGUCCAAGGCAGGCUCCAUGAGCAAACAGGAGCUGGACGACAUCCUCAAGUUUGGAACAGAGGAGCUCUUCAAGGAUCAGGGAGAAGGUAUGAAAAACACCACCGGGGAUAAAGUGGAGGACGAGGGCAACGUCAUCCACUACGACAGCGUGGCCAUCGAGAGGCUGCUGGACCGAAGCCAGAACGAGACGGACGACACGGACGUCCAGAACAUGAACGAGUACCUCAGCUCCUUCAAAGUGGCCCAGUACAUGGUGCGAGAGGAGGAUAAGGUGGAGGAGAUCGAGCGGGAGAUCAUCAAACAGGAGGAGAACGUGGACCCUGAUUACUGGGAGAAGCUGCUGCGGCACCACUACGAGCAGCAGCAGGAGGACCUCGCCAGCAAACUGGGUAAAGGCAAGAGGAACCGCAAGCCCGUCAACUACAACGACGCAGCCCAGGAGGACCAAGAUAACCAGUCCGAGUAUUCAGUGGGCUCCGAGGAGGAGGACGAGGACUUUGACGAUCGACCAGAGGGUCGAAGGCAGUCGCGUCGCCAGUUGAGGAAUGAGAAAGAUAAACCUCUGCCUCCUCUCCUGGCCAGAGUCGGAGGCAACCUUGAGGUGCUGGGCUUUAACACACGCCAGCGGAAGGCCUUCCUGAACGCAGUGAUGCGCUGGGGGAUGCCGUCUCAGGACGCCUUUUCCUCCCAGUGGUUGGUGAGAGACCUCAGGGGCAAAUCUGAAAAAGAAUUCAAAGCGUACGUGUCUCUCUUCAUGCGUCACCUGUGCGAGCCGGUGGCUGACGGCGCGGAGACGUUCGCAGACGGCGUCCCGAGGGAGGGCCUGUGUCGCCAGCCGGUCCUCACGCGAAUCGGCGUCAUGUCCCUCGUCAAGAAGAAGAUCCAGGAGUUCGAGCACAUCAACGGACGGUGGAGUCUCCCAGAGCUCAAGCCUGAGGUCAACCUGGAGAAGUCCUCCUCCAGGGCCUCCUCUCCCACAGUGAAGACCACCACGCCCACGCCAGACGCCAGCUACAGCAACACACCGUGCACCUCCACGCCAGCGACUCCUGCUCCUGCAGACAAGCUGGAAAAGAACGGAAAGGAGGGAGAGAAGGAGGAGGACAAAGAGGAGGGUGAGACCCUGGCGGAGAAAGAGAAAGGGAAGGAUGAGGGGAAAGAGGUGGACGGCAACAAGACUGGAGACCCUGAAGAGCUGUCCUCGACAAAAGAGACACCACAGAGUGCGUCUCCUUGUCAAAAAGCCGAAAAUGUAGAGGAGCACAACCUGAAAGAGGCGGAGAAGAAAGAAACGCCAGACAUUCCAGCUGCCACGACGGAGGAGAAGAAAGCGCAGGAGGAGAGCAAAGAGGAGACGAAGCAAGACACAGAGUUAAAAGAAGAGAAAUCAGAAGGAGAGAAGACGGCGGAGGAGAAGGAAAGAGAAAACGAAAAGCGCGAAGAGACGCCCACGGCAAAGGAAGCGACGGACACCAAGGAGAAGUCCGAGGUGGCCGACGUGAAGAAAGAGGAGGUCAAAGGUGAGAAAGAAGCCGGAAAAGAAGUCAAAGCGGCGAAGGAGGAGCCACCCAGAGGUAACGGGAGGCCUCCUGUUGAGCGACCUCGCUUCAUGUUCAACAUCGCAGACGGUGGAUUCACUGAGCUGCACACUCUCUGGCAGAACGAGGAGCGAGCCGCCAUCUCCUCGGGGAAGAUGAACGAGAUCUGGCACCGCCGACACGACUUCUGGCUGCUGGCGGGAAUUGUGAUUCACGGCUACGCCCGCUGGCAGGACAUCCAGAACGAUCCCCAGUUCGCCAUCGUCAACGAGCCUUUCAAGAUGCAGGCGAACAAAGGCAACUUCCUGGAGAUGAAGAACAAGUUCCUGGCUCGACGGUUUAAGCUGUUGGAGCAGGCGCUGGUGAUCGAGGAGCAGCUGCGGCGGGCGGCCUACCUGAACAUGACCCAGGACCCCAGCCACCCGGCCAUGGCCCUCAACGCUCGCUUUGCAGAGGUGGAGUGCCUGGCGGAGUCGCACCAGCACCUCAGCAAGGAGUCGCUGGGGGGGAACAAGCCCGCCAACGCUGUCCUGCACAAAGUGUUGAACCAGUUGGAGGAGCUGCUGAGCGACAUGAAGGCCGACGUGACCCGACUCCCGGCCACCCUGUCCAGGGUUCCCCCGAUCGCCGCCCGCCUGCAAAUGUCCGAGAGGACCAUCCUCAGCCGACUGGCGAGCAAGGGCACAGAGACGCACACACCCCCGCCCAUACCUCCAGGACCCUACGCCACCCCUCAGAACUAUGGAGCCCCCUUCACCCCUGCACCCCCGAGCGCCCUCUACAUGGGAGGGGCCAACUACAGUCAGAUGCCACCAGGAUCCUUCAUAUCAGAAGCCGCCGCCGCUGCUGGGGCCACCGGGGGAGCUGCUGGGGGAGCCGCCGGAGGGCCAACCGCUGCCAGCGUUUGCCAGAAGACGAAAGAGCACGAUGUGGUGCAGCGGCAGCGAGUGGUGGACCUCUGGAAGGACGGCAAGUCAGAAGGGGCCAUCGGGCAGGAGCUGAGGAUGCCCAAGUCCACGGUGCACAGCAUCAUCGUCAAGUACCGGCUCAGCAACACGGUGGAAAACCUGCCGCGCAACGGCCGACCAAAGAAACCCUGAGGUUAAACUGAGAGACUCGACAUGGGGGAGAAAGAAAGAAAGGACAUUUGGAUUUACGAAUCCUGGAACGGAGCAAAAGAGAGACGGUGGAAGCGGGAAAAGAAGAGAUGAAAAACCUGAAUGCACGAGGAGGACAAGGACAAGGCACCUUAACUCUGCUGGAAUGUGAGGGAUAUAAAGGGAGAAGCAAAAAGCUCGCUGGGUAGAUUGAGUGAGUACGAAAGAAAGCAAAAAGGACAGGACAUGAAAAGUGAAAAGAAGUACUGGCACUAUGGUCCACAAAAUAAAACAAGCAAUCAACCACAGAGGGAGACGGAGGGGAGAGAGAGAGAGAGGGAGGGAGAGAGCGAGAGAGGUCCAAAAUACCAAGGGAGAGGUGAAAAGCUGGCCCUGAGAUCAAGCACUAAUGAUGCGUGGGUGGAAAAUGAGUCAGAGAGAAAGAAAAGAGGAGAGAUGACCUGUCUGGAACAAACAAAUCCUCAAGCAAGUCGCUGCUGAAGAAAAAAAAGGCCCCCAAAGAAUCUGACUUCAGGAGAAAAUAUGUCUGGACUGAAGGAGGAAUGGAAAAAAAGAAAACAGACGGUAUGUUAAUGCAAUCACAGGAUUUCAAGAAUUCAAAUAUGACGGUGGAACUGAAGCAAAGUGCAACAAAGGAAAGAAGAUUUUUUUAUUUAUUUUUUAUAUAUUAUUCUGCCUCAGACAGAUUUUCUUUUUUCUGUUUCUCCCACCGCGCCGAAAGAGAGAAAAAAUAUUUCCCCCCGGAUCAAUUCUUCAUCCGCCGGCUGACUGAACAAGCCUGCCCCGCUCGCUCUGACCCCGUCCUCCCUCAUUCUUCCACAGUCCUCCACUCCUCCGUCUCUUUCUCAGUCUCUCUCUCUCUCACACACACACACAGACACGCACACAACACACUCUAGACCUCACACACAACCUGAAAACCUGCAAAGAAGUUAAUACGUCUGCCGAGUUUGUGCAGAUGAGAUCCAGACUUGAAGUAGAAGGAAAAAAAGGGACGAGCUGGACUUAUCUUGCAAAAACAAAAAAAGGACAGAACUGAAAGAAGAAAAAUAUAAAUGUCUAAGUAUAAAACUCUAUUUCCCAUGGACUCUGUUGCCCUCGCAUUCCUCAGUCCAACCAAGCGUAUCAGCAAGAAGCAUAGAAGUUGAGAAACUGAGACGCUGCCUUCGACCAACAACCAGUAGCAAAGUUACUCCGACCCAGUCUGACGGGUCUGGUAUUGACAUAUGUACUGUAUUAGCAAAAAGUUUAUUUACUAUUGCACCUUUUUGUUUUCGGAGGGGGUCACCCAAAGGGGAAUAUCACUCAAGUGAAGUAUUUACAUUUCCUGUUUUAAAGCCUCAUCACAGGGAAAAGGGAAGGAAAAAAAACAAACGACUGUAUUUAUGAGCAGCUCUUCCCCAAAGCCGAAGACUGUAAUCUGUCACCGGUAGAAAGAGGGGAGACUCACUUUGAAGCCCGAAGAGACGUUUCUGUUCUUCGAGCUUCUUUAUUGUGACAGUGUGAUGGAUUCCACGCUGGAAAAUGUCCCCUGAUCCCAGGGAAAAUAAAACACUCUGGACUCUGU